AGUGUGAGGUCCACCCCCGGACUGCUGGCCAGAACUUUCUUCAUCCCCGGUAAUAUGUCUGCAGUCUCUGGUCAUCUCCUGUACUGUGUCUGCAGUCAUCUCCUGUACUGUGUCUGCAGUCAUCUCCUGUACUGUGUCUGCAGUCAUCUCCUGUACUGUGUCUGCAGUCAUCUCCUGUACUGUGUCUGCAGUCAUCUCCUGUACUGUGUCUGCAGUCUCUGGUCAUCUCCCGAUGUCUGCACUGUCAUCUCCUGUACCAUGUCUGCAGUCUCUGGUCAUCUCCUGUAUGAUGUCUGCAGUCUCUGGUCAUCUCCUGUACCAUGUCUGCAG